UUAGCUAAGGUCAAGUGGUUCAAACCUCCUCUGCAUCAGCCCCACCCUUUUAUGUUGACGCAUGCGUGUGAGGCUACUUUCUGUAUUAUAAUUAUAGCCAGUGUUUUAGUUCAAUCUAGAUAAGCUACAUUGUGAAAUGGAGAUACUAGCACUAAAGCUGUUUUUUGUCAUCUGCUUAUCAAGAGUGGAACUGUCUACUCAAGUUGUUCCAGAAGUACUGGAUGGCCCAGUGACACAGACUGUCCCUGUGACCCAGUAUGAAGCCCAGUUCACCUGUCGUGCUCGAGCCUCUGCCGUAUUCUGGUACAUCAAUGGCGAAACACUCUUUAACAAUAUUCCCAGCUGGAUAAUACUGUACGACGAUAUACAUGACUUUCCUAAUGUUGAGGUGACGAGACGAAUCGGUGUGAGAACUCAAGGACGUAAUCGGACGAAGAUCGAGUGUCUUGCUACAGGCUCUGAUCAGGCCACUGAUAGAUCUGAACCACCUGUAUUUCUCUAUAUUGUCGAUGUUCUCAAUGCCCCUGUCACUGAGCUAGUUACGGUCAACACAACAGCUUUAAGGGUAUCCUGGUUUGAGCCGUUUGCUCACACUGGUUUUCCUAUUCUCAACUACACUCUAAUCAUUCGAAGCACUGCUGACCACUCAGCACCCCUCUACAAUGCCUCACUGAGUGCCCUGGAGUAUGUGUUAACCACGGACAGUGUUCACAGAGAUUGCCACAAUAUAACGUUUGAGAUCAUUGCCACGAACAGUAUAGGACCUAGUGCUGCAGGUGUUGCCAUUGGUGGAUUUCCAAUACUUCUUGGUGACUUUCUGCUCCCUCCUGUCGUCGUAGUUACCUUCACAGCAGACUUGGCCCCCAUCAUUAACAUCACAUUUAACCCUCCAACAGUGUGCUGGUUUCAAGACGCCAGUUAUGAACUGAGAAUCCUGGAUGCCUCAACUCAAGCCCUAAGUCUUUCCACUAGAAUUGGAAGUUACCAUGGCGGUGGCAUAACAACCAUAUCGGAAGCGUAUAAUGAUGGAGUUGAUUUGGAGAAAGUGUAUGAUGCAAUUGUUAUUAUCGAUACACUGACGGGGACCAAAAAUGCUUCAAGUCGAUUUAACACAAGCUACAGUGUCGCACCGCAAGAUAUACCACUGUUAACCAUUGUCAACUCAACUGCAAUAAGCGUACACUGGAACAGAACAUCUUCAAUCCAACACAAUGUGGCAAUAAGUUACAUCCUUGUUAUCCGAAACGAAUCAGACCACUUUUAUCUUCAAGAGGAGGUCUUUAAUGUGUCAGCAGAUUUUACAUCGUAUCCAAUGGUUUACUUGUACAACUCUGCGGAUGUAGCAAAUGUUGGUUGCCAUAACAUCAGUUUUACAGUUCUAGCUCGUAGUAGCGAUGAUGAAAAUGAAAGACCUGGGAACGCUGUCAGUGGUUUUCCAGUGGGUCCAAGUGAAUUUGCUUCCAAUGUCACUACCGAGGUUAUAUUCACACGAGAUCUGGUUCCACGAGUUUCCAUUUCAUUUGAGUACCCGCCCAUUUGCUGGUACCAGAAAGGAACAUACAAGAUACAGUUAUUCGUUGAGGACACUGAAGUGAUGUUUUUAGGUCCACUAACUUAUAGAGGCACAGAUAAUUCACGGAUUACUCGAUCUUUCAGCACUGGUUUGGUUUUAAAUCAGUUGUAUAGGACUGUUGUCACUGCAGAGACUUUUGGAGAAUCUAUCAGAACAGAAUCUGAUUUCAGUACUGCAUUUGGACCAAAUCAACAAACUACUUCUCCAGUGUCUCCAGCAUCGACAGGUGGUAUUAGUACGCCAACUGGUCUGAGUACUGUAAUUGUCAUUGCGAUUGCACUGGGCUCAUCAAUCAUCGUAGCAUUGAUUGUGGGUAUUAGUAUUGUGCUAAUUAUUGUGAGUCUUCGACAGAGAAAACGAAAAGUUGAGACUCAAAGAAGACCACGAAUGCCUGAGGUAAACAACCCACUGUACGAGACGGGAGGGCCUAUCUACGAAGAGAUUCCUGGAGAGAAAAACUUCAACACUUUGAUCAGAGAACAGCCCACGGGACCUGGCACUCCUUCCUCGGAGUAUGUCACUAUUGAAGGAAAGAUGAAUGGAGGGGCCAUGCACUACAACGUAAUACGUAUGCAAGAGGAAGAGUUUGAGGAAAUAAAGGAACCCCUCGACCAAAAUGGUGCCGGCUUCCCUGCCAAAGACUUUGACGCCAUGCUCACACUUCCUCUAUCCCGAGUCCCAUCAGGAGAGGACGCUUACACCAUCAUGAACCCAGCAACUGCAAGAGUGACCAAAGAGCAAAGCAGCUGUCAUUCACUACCCCGAAACGACGCUACGUCUCUUUCCACCCACUCUCCCAUUAGGCCCAGUCUGAGUCUGCAACUAGUCUCACAGAGGAUGAAUCGUCAGGAGAGUGAGACAGGUGACACUCCGGAGGAGAGAUACGUGCGAAGAAGUCUACUCAUUUAAAACAUUAUAGCCAGGACUUUGUUUACUCAUUUCAGCACAAUUAAGUCACUACUCGUGUCAUUUUUCUAAGCAUAUUAACUGCAUUGAUACAAAAUCCAUUUAUUUUUAUUUUGUACAGGUGUGUAUUUAUUUUGUUCGAGUUUGUUUCUAAAUAUUAUUUUUCAUGACUUAAGUUUUCUUGCCGGGAAAUGA